UCGCAUAUUUUGUUUGGUUAUCACGAGACCCAUAGUAUAGUGCCAAUUAUAACUUUCGGUUUCUCUGAACAUGUGUGGAGGUGCUAUUAUUUCAGACUUCAUUGGCGUCAAGCGUGCCCGCAACCUCGCCCCUCACGACCUCUGGUCCGAGCUCGACCCUUUCUCCGACCUCCUCGGCUUCCAACCCACCCCCCAACCACCCAAAAAAGAGGUAGCAUGUGACAAGAAGGAGAAGAAAAGCGUGGGUGGAGGGAAGAAGAGUAGCGAUGGUAAGAGAACUCGGAAGAACGUGUACAGAGGAAUCAGGCAAAGGCCAUGGGGCAAGUGGGCCGCAGAAAUAAGGGACCCACAUAAGGGUGUCCGUGUCUGGCUGGGCACCUUCCCCACCGCCGAAGAAGCCGCCAGAGCCUACGACACCGCCGCCAAACGCAUCCGUGGCGACAAAGCCAAACUCAACUUCCCCGCCACCACCGCCACUCCGCCGCCGGACCCACCCUCCAAGAAGCGCUGCCUCACCCCUGACACCACUGAACAAAGCACCACCCACUCCGCCGCAUCUCCGCCAUACUCCGCCGUGAACGGCGGAGACAGCGGAGGAGAGGAACUCGACCUGAAGCAGCAAAUCUCGAACCUUGAGUGGUUCCUCGGCUUGGAGAAUGAGCAGCCGGUGUCCGUCGGAAGCUCCGGCGGUGCUGAGUGGGAUAACAAUGAUAACUACAUGGACGACCUUUGGAUGCUAGACGACGUUGUUAUGUCCAACCGUCACAUGGUUUACUAAGAAUUAUUAAGGAGAAAAAAUUUGGCGUUUUUAUGAGUUUAGUGAGUGUAUAAAACUAUGUUGUUAAGAGUUUCUGUUGUUGUCUCUUAUCUUCUUUUGGUUUGGACGGUGGAUGACUUCGUAAUUAGGAGGGGAACCUUAUAAACAGGGGCGUUGUGAUUAUAUAUUAUGAUUAUAAAUAAAAGUAAGUUA